UGGGUUGGUCGGUUGGCAGUUCAAUAAGCGGGCGAGCAGGACCGUGAUUUAUACGACGAUCGCCGAUUGGAUGUCCAACCGGGUACCGAUGUCGAGCUGUCGCCGCCUGCAAUUGGAAAUUGGGUAUUGGGUAUUGGGAAUAGGAAUAAGAAUCGAGUGUAGUGGAGUGGUGUGGAGUGCCAUCGAGCCACUGGAGCGCCUAACCAACCACCACUCGCUUAUCAAUCGAUGGCCGGUAGCUCGGCACUAUCUUCCAUGCGCGGCAUAUCUACAUACCGCUCUAUUAUUGUUAAUAUUGAUAUCUACCCAUUAGCACAACAUUAUAGGUACAAUCUAUUAUAUUCUGUGAAAUCAGAUUUGGUACAAUUUAUAGCGCCCAUCGGCUCUGCGGCGACUUCUACAGCUGGUGGCCAUUAGUUCAUCGCCUGCGGCCGACGCAGUCGCUUCGAUCGCUCCGGGCCAAAUCAAUCGCUAGUAGUACGAUAGACGUGCUACUCUGAGAACCCCAAUAUGGAUAUCGCCACCAAGUCAAGCAAAGCCGCUUUCUCCAUCGAGAAUAUCCUGGAGCAGAAGACCUCAUCGCAUCGAUCUCAGUCGCGCAGGGGGUCCUCUCAAAGUCCCGUGACGGGAACAGCCGGAAUACCUUCUCCACCUGCACUGGCCAUGCCCAAGGCAUCCUUGGCCACUGGUUCGUCCUCUGCUGGGCCCACUCCCUCUCCCUCGUCCACCACCAACAUCUUCGAUCUAUCCCGCGAGGCGGCUGCCGCCGAGUAUGCCAUGAAGAGUAUGGAAUCCAGUGCCGUGCUGGCGCCCACCUCGCUGCGCUUCAACCCCAUCUACCCGGACCCCGCCUCUCUGUUCUACCAGCAGGUGCUCCAGCUCCAGAAGAAUCCCUCGCUCUUCAUGCCCCACUUCCAGGCAGCCGCAGUGGCUGCCGCAGCAGUCGCCGUCCAGCCCACAGCCUAUUGUGAUCAAUACAGUCCUUUCACCAUGGACUGCGAAGGAUUCCCCAACCCGGCCUCCGCUGCAGCCGCUCUCUACUGCAACGCCUAUCCGGCGGCCAGUUUCUACAUGUCCAACUUCGGCGUGAAGCGAAAAGGUGGUCAGAUCAGAUUCACCUCCCAGCAGACCAAAAAUCUCGAGGCCCGCUUCGCGAGCUCCAAGUACUUGUCGCCGGAGGAACGGCGCCACCUGGCCCUCCAACUGAAACUGACCGACCGACAGGUGAAGACCUGGUUUCAGAACCGGCGGGCUAAGUGGCGACGGGCCAACCUCAGCAAGCGCAGUGCAUCCGCCCAAGGAGUAGCAGCCGCUGCCGUGGGAUCCCCCUCCUCCGCUGCGAGCAGCAGUGUUCCCGGGUUGAGUCUCGGCAGCGGGAGCAGGAGUGGCCAGCAGAGCGAUGAGGAGGAUCGGAUGUACCUAUCCGAGGACGAUGAAGACGACGACGACGAAGAUGAAGGGGAGGCGGAUGCGGAUGCAGAGGCGGAGGAGACUCCCAAGUGAAGCUAGGGGAAUGAUUGCCCACCGACUCAACUCAUAAGAUAGUUCAGCUUGUAGUUAGGUUAAAUAAAUUUAUUGCAUUAAAGUUAUAGUUGACGAGUUAUAA